CCGUCCAAAAUACGCUUAAUUGCCGUCUUUAGCAUAAACAAACAAACAACCAAACACUACACCAGGACAACGACCUGUUUACCCACAGAAGCAAAAUACUCGAAAAUCAAACCAGAUAACAAUACGGAGUCAUAGAAAAAUCGUAGUGUUUGACUUGUUAAUACAUAUUUACUUUACGUGAUACAAUAUCACAAGACUUCUUAUAAAACUCCGAAACAGACACGAAUGUAUUUCUUAAUGAUGAUAACGAUAGGUCGGUGAGUGCGUUAAAGAUGGACCACUUGGAAAAACCGAAGCGGAAAGCCCACCCGAGAGAUAGAAACAGUUUCGUUUCAAAUAUCUUCUUUUUGUACGCCGUCAGAUUGUUCCAGAAAGGGUUCAAAAGAGACUUGGGGGAAGAUGAUUUGUACGAAGUGUUGAAGAGCUACAGGUCGAAGAAACUAGGCGACCAGUUGGAACUAGAAUGGGAAAAACAGAAGAAAAAAGGGAAAAAUCUGUCGGUAGUACGAUUGAUGUUGAACUGCUAUGGUGUUUACUAUCUUUACUUGGGUUUCGUGCAACUGUUCAUGAACGUCACAGAAAUAGUCAUACGACCAUAUGCUUUAGGAAAACUAGUCGCCUACUUUGCUCCCGGCCAAACCGAUAUUUCUAAACAAGACGCCUACUUAUAUGCAGCGAUAGUACUGGGGUACAAUUUCUGCCAAUGUGUGUACAAACACAACUACUACCUCAUGCUAGCCUCGUUUGGGGUGAAAGUUCGGGCCGCUUUUUGCUCUUUCAUGUACCGAAAAGCCCUAAAGCUAAGUCCAGCGCAUCUUGGUGAUAUCUCCAUAGGCAAAAUCGUCACUCUGAUGACCAAAGAUGUAGACACGUUCGAGUUUUUCAUAGAUUUCGGGAACGAUUUGUGGAUUGGUUUUGUCAAGACUUUGGUGGUUUGUAUAACUCUAUACAGACGAAUAGGAGUGUCUGCACUCGUGGGUGUUGGUUUCUUCUUUUUGAUAAUGCCCAUACAAAUUUACCUUGGAACCAAAGUCACACAGAUGAAACUAUCAAUGUGCAAGACAACAGACGAGAGGUUACAAAGCACCCAAGAAACUCUAUCUGCCAUCAGAAUCAUCAAAAUGUACACUUGGGAGAAGAUUUUUGAUAGAAAAAUCUCAGAAGCGCGAAAGAAAGAAGUCCACAUGACUUUCAAAAUGUCAGCGCUGCGCUUUUUUAUUCUAGCCAUAGGUAGCUUGAACUCUCACGUCGCUUUCUACCUCAUGGUGAUGAGCUACAUUUGGUUUGGAAAUCUAGUCACGGCCGAAAUCAUCUAUUUCAUCUUAACGACAUUCCAAAGCUUAACUUUUGGUCUAAGUAUCCUCUUCCCGAUCGGUGUCUACCAGACCGCCGAACUCAGAUCAGCAAUCACCCGAAUCGGGCAAAUUUUAAAAGCGUCAGAACUACAACACGAACUACCCUCUAGCGAAAUCGUAACUUCGCCUAGAAUUAACCUGAAAAACGUGACCGUCUCGAUUCAUAGUAACAAGAUCCUUAAAGACAUCACUAUUAACAUAGAAAAGGGUCUAACCCUAAUCACCGGACCCGUCGGUAGCGGCAAAUCCUUCCUUUUGAAAACUAUUCUAAGAGAUUAUCAAACGGAAGAAGGCCAUGUGACGGUUCAAGGUACCAUUUCCUACGCAUCCCAAGAACCUUGGUUGUUCCCGUCGUCCAUUCGCCAAAACAUUCUAUUCGGGGAAAAAUACAACGAGAAACGAUACAACGAGGUACUAAAAGUGUGUGCUUUGAUUUACGACUUCGAGCUGCUGGAAAAUGGUGAUAGUACCAUAGUGGAGGAUCGAGGGAUCAACCUGAGCAAAGGACAACAAGCGAGGAUCAAUUUAGCCCGAGCUAUAUACAAAGAAAGUGAUGUUUAUCUUCUAGACGAUUCACUGGCGGCGUUAGACGCUCAUGUCAGUGCCUUCAUCUUCAAAGAGUGUGUUUUGCAGUACUUGAAAGAUAAACUGGUGGUUUUGGUCAGUCAUAACGUGAAAUACGUGAAGGAUGCAGACACUACGGUUGUUCUACAAAACGGAACAAUCAAAAAGAUUGGGAAAUUGUCAGAACUAGACGAAUACGAAAUAGUCCAAAGUGAAGAGAAAAACGAAAAAGAUGGGUCUGAUAAAACUGACGACGACGACGACGAUACGAAUGAAGAAAGUAAACUACUAACAGAAACCUUCACCCAGAAAAAAGUGUACCAUGAAGAAAAACAAGCAGGGGAGGUUACAGCAGAAGUCUAUAAACAAUAUUUCAAAUUCGGGGGUGGGUUUUUCAAAUUAAUUCUAGUUUUCUCUCUUUUCGUAGCAGCCCAACUAUUUAUAAGCUACACGGAUAAGUUAGUCAGUAAUUGGGUUAACUUAGAAGAACGAAUCGCCAAUCAGUCGCUCGCCAAUUCCACUAACUCAACCAUCGACGAUGACCUAAACCAAGAACGACGAUACAUCUUCUACAUGUACAGUUUUAUGACGGUAGCAACCACGGUGACAACGUUUGGACGCGCAGUUGCUCUUCUAUUUUUUGCAAGAACUGCAUCUCUGUACUUGCACAAGCACAUGAUAACGACAAUAGUCAACGCGUCGAUGCAGUUCUUCGACACUAAUUUCAUAGGCAACAUUUUGAAUCGGUUCUCCAAAGAUUUAAUCACCAUUGACGAAUAUAUCCCGUUCGCAAUCUAUCACGUCUUCAGAAUUUUUCUCAUUCUUGUAGGGAUCAUCACGUUGAUAGCGACAGUCAAUCCGUUGUUCCUAAUCCCGACUGUCAUAUUUUUGUUGAUACUUCUGGUUUUGCGAAGAUUUUGUCUGAGGACUUCUAGGAAUUUGAAAAGACUGGAAGCUUUAACUAGAAGUCCGGUCGUGGGGUACUUGAAUGCUUCUUUGGAAGGAGUGACGACAAUUCGGGCUUUCAAAACCGAGAAAAUACUGAGGGACGAAUUUGACAGGCACCAGGACCUUUACUCUUCUGCUUACUAUAUUCUUGUAAGCAGCAUGCGAGCUUUUGCCUUCACCAUGGACACACUGUGUGGCUUCUACAUCUCAUUCAUAGUAUUACGAUUCCUUAUCAUUGAUAAUGAUAUUCUGGCAGGUCAUGUUGGUCUCGCGAUUUCACAGGCUUUCUCUCUAACCGGGACUCUCCAAUGGGGGAUUAGACAGUGGGCCGAAAUCGAAAACCGAAUGACCUCAGUCGAGCGCGUUCUCGAAUACACAGAAAUCAAACAAGAGAACAAACAAGGCUUGGAAUUAGAAAGUUGGCCCAAACAAGGCGAAGUCAAAUACGACAACGUCUACUUAACCUACACCAACUCGAACGAAUACGUCCUCAAAAAUAUCAACUUCACGGCCAACCCUAGGGAAAAAAUCGGGAUAGUGGGAAGAACCGGAGCCGGCAAAUCUUCCAUAAUCUCAACUCUGUUCCGACUGUACGACGUCGAAGGCAAAAUCAGUAUCGACGGCACCGAAACCAAAACCCUCUCUCUGGACUAUCUCAGAGCAAACAUUUCCAUAAUCCCGCAAGACCCAGUUCUAUUUACCGGAAGCAUUAGAGACAAUAUUGACCCUACGAGACGGUACACAGAUGACGAAAUAUGGAAGGCCAUUCAUUGUUCGCACUUAAAAAAUCUAGUGCCGAGUCUAGAUUUUGAAAUAGUGGAAGCGGGUUCUAACUUUAGUAUCGGUCAAAGGCAGCUUAUCUGUUUGGCUAGAGCGACUGUUCAAAACAACAAGAUCAUCGUUCUGGACGAGGCUACAGCUAACAUGGAUCCCGAAACGGACGAACUGAUCCAUCAAACCAUUAGGGAGAACUUCCGGGAUUGUACGGUGUUCACGGUGGCUCAUAAACUGAAUUCUAUUUUGCAUAGCGAUAGGGUGAUGGUUCUGGAUAAAGGGGAGAUAAUUGAGUUCGAUAAGCCGGGAACGUUGCUGCAGAACAAAGAUGGUGUGUUUUACAAGAUGGUGGCGAAAGCUGGAUUAGUAUGAAAGGAACUAUUACAAAUGCGUUUCCAAAAAUACAGUUAAAUAAAUGUUGAAAACUGUU